UUUAAUGUCUUCUUGUAGACUGACAGUCAUCUGAGGCACUACCUGCAUAUCAUCGAGAAUGAACCUCUCUACCCCAUCAUAUACGACAGUAAUGGAAUCGUCCUGUCUAUGCCUCCAAUCAUCAACGGGGACCACAGCAAAAUCUCAUUAAACACAAAGAACAUUUUCAUUGAGUGCACGGCCACGGACCUCACAAAGGCAAAGAUCACGCUGGAUAUGAUAGUGACCAUGUUUAGUGAAUACUGCGAUGAACCAUUCACGGUUGAGGAGGCAGAGGUUGUUUAUCCUGAUGGCAGAUUGUGUGUGUAUCCUGAGCUGGCGUACAGGACAGAGACACUGUCUGGGGACUUCAUCAACAAAAGAGUUGGCAUCAAUGAAUCAGCAGAAAGCAUCGCUCAGCUGCUGACCCGGAUGUGUUUGAGGUCAGAGGUCAGCGGUGAGGGCGAUCUGAUCCAGGUUGAGAUCCCGCCCAUGCGCGCUGAUGUCAUCCACGCCUGUGACAUCAUGGAGGACGCCGCCAUAGCGCACGGCUUCAACAACAUCGUCAGGAGCACGCCGCGCACAUACACCGUAGCCAAUCAGCUCCCUCUAAAUAAGUUGACAGAGUUACUGAGGCAAGAUCUCGCAGCCGCUGGGUUCACCGAAGCGCUGACAUUCGCUCUGUGCUCACAAGAAGAUAUCGCAGAUAAACUCAGGAAAAAUAUCGUCGAAACCAGAGCAGUCCACAUCUCCAACCCAAAGACCGCAGAGUUUCAGGUGGUGCGUACCUCUCUUCUUCCUGGACUCCUGAAGACGCUCGCUGCCAACAGGAAGAUGCCCCUUCCUCUCAAACUGUUCGAGAUUUCAGACGUCGUCCUGAAGGAUGAAACUAAAGGUGUAUUUGAUGUCCUCAUGUCAC